AUGAUAGAGAAUCUGCUCUUUUCUCUGAAAAGCACUUUUGAUACUUGGCUGAACUCCAGCUCCCCUUUCUGGGCGAUCGAUGCCAUCCUUGCCUUUCUAUGUGGACUGGGGCUCUUUUUCCUGAUCCUUCCCUACCUGGAGAAUAACCCAUCCUUUGCUCCCCCUAGGAAACAUGGAAACAUCAGGAAGCAUCGAAAGGAACGAAGGGGAAGAAGCAGGAGCAGCAAGAGAAAUGGCGCUUUGAGAGCUUGCAGAGAUUGCCUGGAAACACUGGAAGAGGUCUGGGACCUGACUUCACUUCUGCAAAGACACCUGGGGAGGUUCCCUGACAAGGGCAGCUUUCAUCAGAUCUCAUGUCAAGAUUCACCUGGUGAGGUUUGCAAAGCAGUGCCUGCUGGAGCCCACCCACCAUGCAGGGAAGAGGCGGCUCCCACCAUUUCCCCAGCUCCUCUGACCAAGCAGCCUCUACCCUGUGUUUCUGCCGUUUCUUCAGGUUCAGUUUCCACUUACUCAGAGUCAUACCUGAGUGCCUCUCCAACACCAGAGCCUUUCUUUCCCCUGAACAGCCUUUCACCCUGGCCACUGGCUGUUUCCCCUUCCCCAACAAGCCCGCCUCAUGGGAGAACCUGCCCUUCACCUGUAGCACCCUGCUCUGCCCCAACACCAUCAGGCUCCAUGCUGAGUCUCACUCAGGGUGACUCCACGACAUGCACACUGGGUACCAUCCCACACAGGUCAUCUCCGCACUCCCCCUGGAGACCAACCAUCCCAGGGCUUGUCCAUUCAAGCAGCCCUGGAUCAGCCCUGGCCUGCUGGCAGGAAGCAGCCACAGCCUGGAGCUUCUCCACCUCGAAACACUUAGAGUCCCAGAAAGAAAGCCUUCCCCUCUACCCACCAGAGGCCUCAUUCUGGGGAGAUCCCAGAAAUAGGCAGGUAGAGGCUGGUGGCCUUGCUUUUAUCAACCCUAAUGUCCAGGAACUGCUGGAAAUACUAAUCACUAAGAGAGUGGAACUGAAGUUUUGGAAGGAGAAAGAAAAGGACGAGGAGGCAGGCUACCACCCGAAUUCUUUGGGGAAGAGGAUCGAGUCACUGGGUCAUAAACAGGACACCUUGGGUCACCAACACUUCUGGAACAUAAAAGGGAAACAUGAUCAGCUGCUUGGUCCCGAGAAGCCCCAAUAUCCUGACACUUUGGGGGACUGUCUACAGAAGACAUGCAGCCAGCUCUUCUGGGGUCUCCCCUUUCUGCACAGUGAGUCUCUCGUAGCUGCUGUCACAGUACCUGGGUCAACUCUAGAGUUAUGCCCUGUCUUAUUUAAUGAACGCUCUAAAGCCAAACCAUUCCAUAUUCCAGCUAAAGUAACUUCACAACUGUCAUUGGCCAAGCACUUGACCCAACCUGUGGCCCAGGCUCAACCUCAAUCCUUGACUCCCACCAUGCCCCAGUUGCAGCCACCACCUCUGGGUCACAUGGAGACCCAGGCCCAACCCCUACCCUUAACUCCAAUCAUGCUCCAAUUCCCAAAUAAGGCAUCAUCUUUCAGUUCAAAUGCAGUUGAAAACCUGGAAUGUCACUUUUGGAAAGAACAACUAGAAAGCAGGAGAACUUUACCCUCUUUGGUUAAAAAUUCUCGGCAAGUCUUCAGCCAGGUCACUCUCAACCCAUCCCAGGAGACCAGGUCUUCCCAGGCCCACAGCUCUGUCCCCAUCCUUCCUGGGUAUUUGAUCAGCCCUGAGGUUCCAAAGAAACUGGAGCACCACAUUUCCCAAAGGUUCAUGCAGCAACAAAGUGGCCUGCCCCGCAGAAUCCAAGCAUCUCAGAAACUGAUGCAGCCCCAGGAUCAAUACCCAAGGCCAUGUCAGGCACAGGGCAGGGAGGGGCCCUCAAGAUCCUCUGCAGGUCGAGGCAAAAGGAGCCAGGAUACACAAAAGAUGAGGUCCAAGUGCCCAGCACAAAUCUUACCAGGGACAGACCUGUGCCAUGAUGUAGGGCAGAGUGUGGGGAAGAUCGUAAAAGAUCUAUACAUGUUCCCAGCCAACCCUCCAGUGAAGGAUCCAAGAGCAAAACCUGCAUCAGAAAUAGAGUUGAGCCUAGACAGGAAGCAACCAGAAGUCUCAGGAGUCCUUACAGAGAGGAAGGCAGAGCAGAUCUGUAAGAGUGAGAUCCCUGUGAAUGUCUAUCACUUGAAGCUUGUGGACAACCUUGUUUUAGGCACUCUGGGAGAGACAAAUGCUCCCAUGAAGACAGAAAGUACACAGUCCUCUCAGGAUGGGAAAGCCUCCAUGGUCACCUCCCAAGAGUCUCUUGUCCUCAGCCCGUAUACUGAGCAGGAGCUGGAAACACAUAUAAUAAGGUUUCGAGUGAGGCACAGGUGGAGCCUACUCUUCAAAGUCCUUAAGUUGAUAUUUCGCUUGAAGUUGAAAAAGGUUCAAGUGCCCACAUUGAAGGUCACCUGUGAAUCUGGAUACCACUCAACUGCCCUAUUAACCAAGGGCUUGGGGAAACCUCCUCAGCCCCAUGCAGGAGAGAAACUGGUAACAAUGGAGGCAGUUCCCCCACUGGAGAGGCCCCUCCCUGUCCCCUCACAGGUGACCGAGGAAGCCCAGGGGGCUCUGGGAGGACGCGCACCUGGGGACACCCAUAAGCCCCCAGAGGCCCCUCUGACUGGCCAGGAAGACAAGCCACCUCCUCAGGCCCCCACAUACAGCUUUGUGGGCAGAAUGUGGCAUAGCAAGUCUGUUGUGGAGGCUGAGAAAGGCAGCCUGGAGCCAAGUCCAAGUUCAGUCAUGGCCAGGAAUGAGCCACAGAAGGAAACUAGGGGGCAGGCCUCCCCAGCAUCUUGCUCUAAUGUGAUAGUUGUGGAGCUUGAUGAAUGCUCUCCAUCUUCCAAGGCUCAAGAGGUCGUGGAGGGAGACUCUGCUGGGAAGGGCACCAGGGAACCUAGUGUGCAGGUCAAAUACCUAGACAUCAAUAUAGAUCUCGGGAGAUCACAGCCUCCAAGGUCCAGUGAAAGCCCCUUACUGAACACCAAAUCUGCUGCCUCAAAUACAGAAGAUCUACUCUUUGAGACACAGUCUCGUAAGCUUGAGUCUCAAGGGUUCACUGACCAGCAGGCUCAGGCUCAAGGCCGAGCUACCAGCGUGCUCCUUCAAGACUGUGAAACUGGAGUACUCCUUCAAGACUGUGCCACCGAUGUGCUUCUCAAGGACUGUCACUCGAAUAUGUUUCUUGCCGCAAACAUCUUGGCUUCUCAGGAAUCUCUGUCCAAUUUUCAGAUCUUAUCCAGUGGAGACAAGUGCAAUUCCCAAAAACUCUAUGAUGCUACCUCAAGUGAAGGGAGCAGCCAGGGGCAGCAGGUGGACAUGAGGCGACAGCUCAAAUAUAAGAGCCAUUGCAAGGAGUCUGUUCCCAAGGAUGGGAGAGAGAAAUAUACAAGGCCCAAAUUAAGACAGAUUAAAAAGGGGCUGGCAAAACGGAGGGCUUACCAAGCCCAAGGGAUGAGUCAUCCUGGCCAGAAAAAAGAAUCAACAGAGUCCCUAAGAAGCAAGUUUCAGCAGUUAGUCCUAAAGAAGAGACAGGUUCCAUCAGAAAGCCACUUCAAAGAAAAGAUCAAGCUCCUUCUGCAGUGGAUUUUCCCCAGUAAAGGCAGAGAACCAGAAGAGCCCUUCCAAAAAGGCAGGCCUGAAAUAGCCACUGUCCAGAGCCAAGAAUCAAUCAAGAGCAAAUCGACCAUGGACAACAGGGCUGUUGAGGCUCAGACUCUCAUGACAGCUGUUGGGCAGAUCCUAAAGGAGAGGAUGGUGUUUCACCAGGGCCCUCACGCCACGGAGUUAAACUUGUACCAGGCAGAAUUCCAGGACCCCAGAGGUCCACAUUACUGCCACCACAGAAUCCUGUCUUACCAAGACGAAAGGAGAAUGAGGAGAGAUACACCCCGUUAUCACCAAGUCACCCCGACAGGCCAUAGCGUUUCAAAAAAGAGUAAGUGGACCAGUCCCAGGGACAGCAAGCGGGCCUUCUCACCCAGGGAGCCAGGUCCCCCUCCAGGCAGAGCCUGCCAGCAUGGCUCACAAGUGACAUGGGUCCCAGGCCAUUCCCUCCACUGUCCAAGGCAUGGUCUCCCUCAGAAAUAUACCUCUUCUGGUGAAUCCGAACAUGCUUUUCACAGCAUUCCAGGUGGGAAAACUCUCCUCCAACAAAAAAAUGCAUGCCAUGCAGAUAAAUACAUUUUUCUCCAAUGUUAG